ACACAUAGUUGACAAUUCCAAAGCCAACCAACACUUGCAAGUUUCCAAGUCACAGGGGCGUAUAAUGACACGUGUACAAAAACAGAAGCUCCCAUUGGUCCGAACACACAACCUUUAAAUGACCUGUUUUAAAAAAUAAAUCAAAAGUCGAGAAUGAUAACGACAGAGUUGAAUUCCAAAUUCCAAUUUCCAAUUCCAAUUUCAAUUUCCUCCCCUUUCUUCUCCCUCCAUAAUUCAUACUUCUUCGCUGAUCUCCGAUAAUCACACCAGAAAUUAAAUUAAAUAAUAAUAAUAAAAAUCAUGUGUGGGAUUUUCGCGUAUUUGAAUUUCAGCGUAACCAGAGAGAGGCGCUAUAUUCUGGAAGUUUUGUUCAACGGCCUCCGCCGUUUGGAGUACAGGGGCUACGAUUCCGCCGGAAUAUCCAUCGAUUCCUCUUUCGAUUCCUCGAAUGCCGAUGCCGUCGUCGUCCCUCCGCCUCUCGUCUUCCGCCAGGAAGGCAACAUCGAGUCCCUCGUCAAAUCCGUCUACCAAGAGGUUGCUGCUACGGAUUUAAAUUUGGAAGAAUCAUUCUCGAUCCACGCUGGCAUAGCGCACACUCGGUGGGCGACACACGGAGAACCAUCUCCCAGGAACAGUCAUCCUCAAACAUCUGAUGCAAGCAACGAGUUCUUGGUUGUUCAUAACGGAGUUAUCACCAAUUACGAGGUAUUGAAACAGACACUAAUUCGACAUGGUUUUACCUUUCAAUCCGAAACCGAUACGGAAGUCAUUCCAAAGCUUGCAAAGUUCGUCUUUGAUAACGCAAACGAAGAAGGUGAUAAGAGUGUGACAUUUAGUCAAGUAGUGCUCGAAGUAAUGAGGCAUCUGGAAGGAGCAUAUGCUCUCAUUUUCAAGAGCAGACAUUAUCCCAAUGAAUUAAUUGCUUGCAAACGCGGUAGUCCUUUGGUACUUGGCGUAAAGGAGCUAACAGAAGAAUCCAGCAAAGCAUCUUUUAACGACCCGAAAUUUCUCUUAAGCAACGGACAACCGAAGGAGCUCUUUUUGUCGAGUGAUCCCAGUGCUCUGGUCGAGCACACGAAACGGGUUUUGGUUAUUGAGGAUGGUGAAGUUGUUCAUCUCAAGGAUGGAGGAGCAUCGAUUUUCAAGUUUGACAACGCAAAAGGCAAACCAAACGGAGCUCUAACAAGACCGGCCUCCGUUCAACGAGCACUAUCAGUUCUAGAAAUGGAAGUCGAGCAAAUAAACAAAGGCAAAUACGAACACUACAUGCAGAAAGAAAUCCACGAGCAACCACAAUCCCUCACCACUACAAUGCGAGGGCGCCUCAUACGCGGAGGCUCAUGCAAAGCCAAAAGCGUCCUUUUAGGAGGAUUAAAAGAUCACUUAAAAACCAUCAGAAGAAGCCGAAGAAUAGUUUUCAUCGGCUGCGGCACAAGUUACAACGCAGCUUUAGCUGCAAGACCCAUUCUAGAAGAACUUUCCGGUAUUCCUGUGACAAUGGAGAUCGCUAGUGAUUUGCUCGACAGGCAGGGGCCCAUAUACAGGGAGGACACAACGGUUUUUGUUAGUCAAUCGGGAGAAACGGCAGAUACUUUGCUUGCGUUGGAAUAUGCGUUGGAAAACGGGGCGCUGUGUGUUGGGAUUACUAAUACAGUUGGCAGUGCAAUUGCUAGGAAUACUCAUUGUGGUGUUCACAUUAAUGCUGGAUGCGAAAUAGGUGUAGCUAGUACUAAGGCAUACACUAGCCAAAUUGUGGUCAUGGCUAUGUUGGCACUUGCAAUUGGAGACGACACAAUUUCUAGUCAAACGAGACGAGAAGCGAUAAUAGAUGGAUUAUUUGACUUGCCAGGUAAAGUGAAAGAAGUACUCAAGCUAGACGAGGAAAUGAAAGAUCUCGCCAAAUUACUGAUUGCCGAACAAUCGCUUCUCGUUUUUGGAAGAGGGUAUAAUUACGCAACAGCUUUGGAAGGCGCGUUGAAGGUGAAGGAAGUUUCGCUUAUGCACAGUGAAGGAAUACUUGCCGGUGAAAUGAAACACGGUCCUUUGGCUUUGGUCGACGAAACUCUCCCCAUUGUUGUUAUUGCUACUCGCGAUGCUUGUUUCAGCAAGCAACAAUCGGUGAUUCAGCAGCUUCACGCUCGAAAAGGUCGACUAAUAGUGAUGUGUACUAAAGGCGACGCUGAAUCUGUUUGUGUCGGCGGAUCGUGCCGUGUAAUUGAAGUUCCGCAAGUUGAGGAUUGCCUACAGCCCGUUAUUAACAUAGUUCCUUUGCAGCUUUUGGCGUACCAUCUUACAGUUCUACGAGGAUACAACGUUGACCAGCCUCGAAAUCUUGCAAAAAGUGUGACAACUCAAUGAGGAACGAAAGAAAGAUGCGCGCAUGUAAUCUUUUUUGGAUGUUCAAUAUGUCGGAAUUUUUUAUUCUAAUUUUUUUCCUUCUUUUUUCGAGGGAAGUGAGUUUUUAGGGGUGUGACAAAUGGCUGUCUUUCUACUGAACUUUGGUUGAACAAAUAGAUACACUAAUCUUUUUAGACAUAUGAGAUUACUAACUGCUGUGAAUUAACAUUGUCUGAAAACUAUAAUUGGUUAUAUGUGUGUUUUGUCUUGUCUUCUA